AUGAAAGAACUUGGAGAAGUCAGAUAUUUUUUAGGUAUAGAAUUUGCUAGAUCAAAGGAGGGCAUCCUUAUGACUCAAAGAAAAUAUGCAUUAGAGAUGAUAUCGGAUGCAAGCUUGGCAGGUUCUAAGCCUAGAGAGAAACCAAUGGAGCAGAACUUGAAGCUGACAAGCACUGAGUUUGAUACUUGCACAAACACAAGUAAGGGAGAUGAGUUACUGGAAGACAGGGGGAGUUAUCAAAGGCUCAUAGGGAAGCUUUUGUAUCUAACAAUAACAAGGCCAGAUAUCUCAUAUGCAGUGCAAUCCCUAAUACUUCAUGUAGUAAGGUACAUCAAGAAGCAACCGGGUAUGAGUUUGUUGAUGUCAAGUGAUAGUAAUGAAGAAAUAGAAGCAUUCUGUGAUUCAGACCGAACAUCAUGCCCUAUGUCAAGAAAGUUUGUUACUGGAUACUGUGUUAAGCUUGGAACUUCAACCAUAUCCUGGAAAGCUAAGAAGCAACAUACUGUAUCUAGAAGCUCAGCUGAAGCUGAGUACAGAAGCAUGGCACACACAACAGCUGAACUUGUGUGGUUGAAAGGCCUAUUGGAAGAGCUGAAUAUGAAUUUAAAACUGCCCAUGAAGAUGUUCUGUGAUAAUAAAGCAGCAUUGCAAAUCCUAUGUGUCAUGAAAGGACAAAGCACAUAG